GUGCACACGCCUGUGUGCAUGUCACAGCAUGUGUGCGCGCGCAAGUGUAGGGUGUGAUUCACGUUAGGAUGGACCGCCGUGACACGGUAAGUCACUCAAGGCAACAGACAGAGCACGGAGCAGGACAAGUGGAAUAUUUUCCUUUGGACAAUUUGCGUCCUGGAAAGCAUGAACAACCUGAGCGAUGUCAUCGCGCGCAACAACAAUCCCGAAGAUGACAGCGUGGUGAGCAAUGACUACACCACCACGGUGGGCGCCCUCAUCUUGAGUCUGGUCUUCCUGCUGGGGGUGCCCGGCAACCUCUUCAUCGUGUGGAGCAUCCUCGCCCGCGCCCGCCGCCGCUCUGUCACCACGCUGCUCAUCCUCAACCUGGCGUGCGCCGACGGCUUCCUCAUGGCCCUCACCAUCUUCUUCAUAGUCUACCUGGCCAAGCAGACGUGGGUUUUCGGCACGGCCAUGUGCAAGGGCCUCUUCUACCUCUGCAAUGUCAACAUGUACGCCUCCAUCUUCCUCAUCACGCUGAUGAGCGUGCACCGGCUGGUGGUGGUAGUGCUGCCCCGCAAGACGGCGGCCAGGCUUAGCAGGAAGCUGGUGCGCCGCGUCAUUCUGGGCAUGUGGCUGUUGGUGGCCAUCACCGCGUUGCCCUCCCUGGUGUUCCGGGAUGUACGGGAAGACAAAGACGACCGGAACAAGACGCGACACGUGUGCGUGCCCAACCACACGCUGCCUCGUUACGUGAGGUUCCAGUACUCCUUAGAAACAGUGGCGGGCUUCGUCCUGCCUUACGCCGUCAUCAUCACUUGCUACGUGCUCAUUCUAAAGCGCCUAAGAGAGACCAAGUUCCGCCGGAAGGUCCGCAGCGAAAAGCUUAUCCUGGCCAUUGUGGUGAUGUUCUGUCUCUUCUGGUUGCCGUACCACGUCAUCAACAUGAUACAGGUGGCGGCCGAAUGGUACUCGGAGGGAUCACGCAGACGAGAAGUUCUGGAGCACAUCUACCAGACGAGCCGUGCCGUGACGUCAGCCCUGGCCUUCAUCAGCAGCUGCGCCAACCCCGUCCUGUACACCUUCGCUGGCAAAUCGUACAUCAAGAAGAACGGCUUGGGCUUCAUGGCGCGUCUCUUCGAGGGGACGUCACUGGAUCAGACAGGGACCAAGCGGAACAAGGACGUGACGCUCAGCAACGUGGACUCCGGCGCAGCCUCGUCGCCGGCACAAAAUGGACAAUGACGAGCGUUGAAGGAACUGACGUGCUUGAAAGGAGAGCACAAAUAGCGCAUGUGGAACAUGCAGACUUUUGUAACGAUAACCAAACUGACCAUUUAAUUGUCAUUUACAACUCGUCACGCAAGAUCCUGGGACAUACCAAGGGAAAUUACCCGAUUUCACUUAAUUGCUUGAAUUACCAGUUAAUGUAGGCAAUUUGAAAUACAAUAUAAAUUUGUUCCAGUUUACAGAAUUGUAGAUAUUUGGUUCAAUUGAACAAAAAAUGCCGUUUGAUGAAAUGCAUCUAAUCCCAUUUGUAAUUGACGUUAUGACAUGAUGCAUGACACUGGAAGCAGAAAUUUGUAAGAGCCGUUUUAGAGUUUGAACACUUCUGUCAGGUAGUGUACCACUGUACCUAAUAACAUGGUGGCAUUCUGUCAACAUUCUUCA